UUUCGUUACUAUGGUGUUCGCUAUGGCCUUGCCCUCGGGCCAGAUGCCCGAAUUCCACCCGACCAUAAUGUCCCUGCCGGUCAUGGCCAUUGUGUUGGUGCCUUGGAUUCUCAUCAUCCUCAUCAAGACCCUCCCUAAGGGCCCGACCAUCAAGGGCGUCCCCGGGUCGUUCUUCGACCUGUUCUGCUGCGGUGCCGGCACCAAGUACCACUUUGUCUUCGGCAAGAGUGCCCACUACUUCCACUCGCUGCACCAGUCGUACGGCAACAUUGCUCGCUUUGCCCCGGGCCAGGCCACGACCAACACCCUCAAGGGCCUGCGCAACAUCUAUGGCGCGGGCACCGGCAAGGGCUCGGCCUUCCUCAAGACGAGCUUCUACAAGGGCAUCUCGCGCCGCAACAUCUUCACGGCCAGCGACCCGGUCUACCACGCCACGGUCCGCAAGCUCUUCGGCCCUUCGAUGACGCCCGGGGCGAUGCAGGCGCACGGCAAUGUGAUCCUUGAAUGCACGCAGCGCCUGCACGGCGUCAUCAACGCCACGCUGGAGAAGACCCGCACCAUCAGCCUCAACCGCCUGCUGUACUGCCACUCGGUCGACACGGUGUCGGAGGUGCUGCUGGGCAAGUCGCUGGGGUGCCUGAAGCGCGGCAAGCCCUACUUCUGGACGGAGCAGCUCAGCCGCAUCUUCUUCUGGGCCACCAUCCGCGAGCAAUUCGCCGGCUCGGGCGUGCCCACCCUGAUCAAGCUGAUGCUGCGCUACCUGAUCCGCAAGGGCGUGCGAUCCCGCGCCGAGCAGGCCCGAAUGCGUCUCAUCAACGAACAGCUGAUCGCGCCACACAACCGCCGCGACAUCAUGGUCGAGGUGAUGGAACGCGCCAACACCAGCGAGCUGGACGUUCCAGAGAUCGCCGAGAACUUCUCGGCCAUCAUGCUGGCCGGGUUCCACACGACGCAAAACGCCCUCUGCGCCACCAUCUACUUCGUCCUGACGCACCCGGAGGCCAACGCCAGGCUGGUGGCCGAGCUGCAGGCCGCCUUCGCCUCCCCGGACGAUGUUUCAGGGCACGUCGCCGAGGGCCUGCCCUACCUGAAUGCCGUGAUCACCGAGUCGCUGCGCCUGUACCCGCCCGUGCCACUGGGUGGACCUCGCGUUUCACCCGGAGCCUAUGUCGACGGGACGUACAUUCCCGCGGGGACGGAGAUUUGCACCUCGCUGUUCGCGCUGCAUCACAACCCGGAGUACUUCAAUGAGCCGUACGAGUUCAUCCCCGAGCGCUGGACGGAGCCCGGCUCGACCGACAAGAAGGAGGCCGUCCAGCCGUUCCUGGUCGGUAGUCGGUCCUGCGUCGCCAAGUACUUCGCCAAGCAGAUGAUGCAGCUCACCCUGGCUUCCUUCUUCAUGGAGUACGAGGCCGAGUACGUCGGCCCCGUCAAGGACUGGCAGCGCGAGAGUCGCUGCUAUGCCUUCUGGGAGGUGCCCGACCUGAAGCUGAAGCUGCAGCGGAGGCAGUAUUAACACUCCUUGUGUCUUUACCCAUUGCACCCAUUCCAUGCAUUCAUUCCAUGCAUUCAUUCCCUGGGGGGUUUAUCUUUUUUUUCUUCUUUCGCUGGAUAUUCGAAAGCCACUUUCCUUCAUUGUGAUUUUUUUUUUCACUCACACACACGAAUCGUCUGUCGUCUCUCAUUCAUUCCUGGUGGAUUUCUGUCCUGGUGGACCGUUUGGAUAUGUCAUUUUUUCAUUUUUUAUUUUUUAUUUUUUUUUUUACCUUUCUACCUAUCUCAUGUUAUACCCACG